CCGCGCAGGCUGGCCCAUUCAUUUUUAGUGGCGUCUCUUUUUGGCUUCACACAGACGGAUGCUUCCAUAGCAUUGUGCACAUUGCAGGGCAACUUCAUGCAAGGUCGUCUUCCUGCCAGUUACCUUCGUUAGGAUAGCAUCCACAGAGCCGCCUUGACACUGUUGAUGAGGAAGUUGUAGUCUCCUGCAUUCCUUCACUGUACCUUCACCUUUGCUCAAGCUCAAAAUCUCUUCAUCACUAUCAAGAGUGUGGCUUGGAUACCCCUUUCCAGCAUAAUACAUUUAUACAUUACAUUACGCAAGAUAUCAUUGCACGAUGAUUCCCCAAGACGACACUAGCGGAAGCAUCAACGUCCCUCGAAGCUUCAUUUGUCCGCUGACAUUUGAAGCGAUGGUUGACCCAGUGAUCGAUUCCGAGGGUAAUACAUUCGAACGACAAGCGCUUCUUCAUUGGCUCUCUCUCUACGGUCUUUCGCCAGUAUCACGCCAACCUUUGAAUGCCAAUUUGGUGGUUCCAAACUUUGCACUUCGGGACACUAUCCAUGAGAUGAUGGGAUCUGCAUGGGUAGCGCAGCGAACAGAAGAGCUGGCCCAGCAGUAUCCUUCGGAUGACGGCAUGGACGACCCUGCGCAGGCUGAUAGCAUGGAUUGCAGCAGCUCGUCUCACUACUCUCGAAGCCUCUCCAAGUACCGAGGGAAAAUGCAAUGCUACUUGCAAAAGCUAUCACAAGAUGUUGGGGGAGGCAUGCAUCUGGAACUGGAUGAUAAUGGCGUCUGCAUGUUCAGCUGCGAAAACAUGACCAUUGUUAUUGAAGUUCCGGAAGACGUUGGUCUGUGCUACAUCUAUACCAUCGUCUCGGUACCCUAUCUCAGCGAGGAAUCCAAAGAUAUGAUGCUGGAACUCAACCGCAUUCACAGCGAAACUCGCGGAGGUACUUUGUCCCUCAAGAAGCAUGGCAAUGGUCAAUACGAUAUCUACUUCUCGUACUCGGACCGCAUCGGCGAAAUCUCGGCAGCAGACUUUUGCAACAUCGUUCCAAACUUUAUCGAGACUGCUUUGAGACUAAAGGGACGCCUUUUGGGUGAGAAACCACAAGACGCUACAUCGUCCAUGGAUGCGCCAACUUCAAUGUCGAACAGCACGCAGUCGAGUACCAUGGUGGGCAUGACCUACCCCCAAAAGUACCUGUGAGAGAGAAUAUGUUUCUCUCCUAUCAAGGUCGAAUCCGAGAACCGCUAGCUAUGAGGCAUAUGGGUAUCCUCCCGCGGACCUCCUUCGGAUUCUGGUAUUGCAUUCUCUACAAGAAAGAGUGCAAGCAAGCAAUGUAAUAAAAGUAUAUUAGAUUCCACUUUAUCGGGUACUUACCAUGGCUGGCAUGGAAUGCUUGAUAGCUGUGUCGAAUUACUGG